AUGUCCAGCAAUAACAACAACAGUUUUGAUGAUUUGUUUGAUGAUUUCAUCAACGAACCUUCGGAUACUAUCUUACACGAAUUGGAGCAAGGAUCAGCAUUUGAUCCUAACAUGCAACAUGAAACCACUGCCAUUCCACAACAAGUGAUGGUCGACCCCAACAUGAACUUGGUCAAUCCAUUCCAAAUGCAACAACCACAGCAACAAUUCGUUGAUUUUGGUGCCUUGUCUCAGGGAUAUGCUCUCUUUGGUGGACUCCCAAGUUACUUUAUGCCUGCCAUGAUUCCACAAACAACCGCCGUUGCUGGCAUGUUCCCAAUCUUGGCCAACUCAAACGCAUUUGCCAGUCCAACCACGAGUAGUUUAAGUCCCAAUAGUUCCAUCGAUUCGAUAACUCUUGCCAACUCAUCUUCAUUCAACGUUGCUGACAUGGACAAGCCAAUUGUUCUGUUGCCAUCAUCAUCGAGCUUUGAAAGUGUAGAUUCUAACUCUACCUCGAGCAGUGCUGGUGCAUGUCAAACAACAGCAGUUGAAAAGGAACCUCCAAAGAAAAAGAAGAAGGUGACUACGAGAAAGAAGGCAUCUUCAAACAAUUCAGGUAACAGCUCUGGAUCAGAUAGCGAAGAAACAAAAAGAAAGAAGGCGCACAGAAGAAAGCAAGAAGAAAUCGAUGACGAUAUGAAACGACUUCAGGAUUUGGAUAAGCAAACAGAAUUGACAGCAGAGCAAAAAGAAGAAAAGAAGAAAUUGAGAAAUAGAUAUACAGCAAAGGUGUCCAGAGACAAAAAAAAGAAGGAACUCGAAGAUCUCAGAAUUGAAAACGAUAACCUUCGCAAAGAACGUGACUCUCUUAAAAAGCAAUGUGAAGAACAUGUUCAGACAAUUAAUCGUCUCAAUCUAGAAGUGAACAGAUUGGCACAAAUUGUCAACGCUCAAGUGAGACCUAGCAGAACAGCUCUCAAAUCCCUGAUCGUAUUUAUUGGUGUAUUCGUAUUUAUUGGAUUGUUGGCAUUCUUGUCAGGUUCUUACAAGUUCUCAUCCACAAUGAAAUCCAGCGUGCCUGAGCGUGUUGCUGCCAGACGUGUUGCAAGAGGACUUCUCACCAUUAAUAACACAUCUACCGAGCCAAAUCAAGCUACCACUACUAGUCCUAUUUCUAAAUCUGUUCGAGACGUUGUCAAUUCAACCCCACACAAAGAACAUCAGCAACAACAGCAAAAUAAUGAUCCUCUACAUGAGCCAGUUUACGUUGAGAGCACAAUGGAAAUGGGCGAAAUGCUAGACGAAUUUAGUGGCGAUGGCAUGUACACGUAUGAUGUAUUUUAUCCAACAAAGAUUAAGCGUCAUUUUAGAGAAUUCCAAUCUUUUAAUGGACCUCAAAAGCACAACAUGUCUGAGGCUUCCCAUAUCAGAAGUUAUGAAAACAAUUCUACCUCACCUGCUGACGCAAUUCGAAAGCCACCAAAGCCAAAGAGUGUCACAUCUCAACGACACAAUAAUUCCAAGCAAAUUUCAUCCUUUGUCAGCCCAUCUUCACUGAGCAAACACAUGGAGGAGAAGAAGCACAAGUAUGAAAAAGCCAAGGUCUAUGUACCAGACACCAAUGGAAAGACAAAGGUCCAACCAAACGAAUUACAAUUAUUCUGCCCUUAUUUAUACCCUCUCAUUGCUGGCAUUCCAGACCCUUCUUACGAAUUCAACACUAAGGACUUUGAUAGCAGCAAGUCGUCUGUGAAGAUUCACAUUCCAAUCCAAAUGGUGUGUAACAAGACGAACACUAAGGUGAUAAGAAUGGCAGAAAUCAAUGCCGUCAAUAUUACUUUAUCAGAAAUCUAUUAUGAAUUUAAUGGAGGUGCCUUGACUGAAGUUCAACCACAAACAAGAGUGGCAUCAGCUGAUGUUUAA